AUGAGUCAACGGAUCCCCUUGAGGCCAAUCCCCAUCGCCCCAAUGGCUGCCUUACCUCCAGCUCCCCCAGAUCCACAGCACAUUCAAAUCCCACACUCUUUUUCUUUUCCGGCCCCAAUCCCCGCUCCCAAGUCAAACCAAUCUUCAGGAUAUCAGCAUUGGUGUGACCACAGUCCGUAUGCCCGGCCCGCCCUCGGGGCUCACUUAGGACGUGCAGCAGGAUCAGUUUUUGAUGGCUCCUAUUCCACGGAGCCUUCUCGAGCGCCUUCGAUUCUUGCAAAUGACACGUUUACUGAUCGAGCAAGUAAACCAGCCCCAACAACUGUAUCUAUGCAACAAGCUACAUCAGGGAGUUCGAUAACCAGCAGUAUUACUACUCCAGUAUCCGCAAUGUCUGCUCAGUCCUUAAUUACCCUGGCACCAGCUUCUGUGGGCGGCAUGGAACCUACUCUUUCAGAUGGGACUCUGCUCGUGAGUAGAUCCAUGUUAAACACGUCGAUCCCAUCGUAUCUACGAUCGUAUAUCUGCAAGGAUUCACCGGCACGUGCCAAACAGCCAGAAGGAUCUUGUGAUGGGUUGGGCACGGACGAGAAUGCCACCCAGAGCGAACAAGAUUGCCCCGAGCCUAGCAAAGGGGCAUUCAACUCGCUCACCGCAACACUAUUCUCGCGAUCUCGGGAGGUUCGCCUUCUUUUGGAUAAGCUCUCAUCUUUUGAUCAGGUACUCGACAAGGUCCAGCAUUGUUUUGGUGAAAUUGAGAAGCGAUUUGCGAGAGAUGACAUGGUCAAGGAGGACAGAGACGCGGAUACAUUGGCUUUGCGAACCAAGGCUGAGGAGAUUUUGGAGGCGAUCCGGCAAUACGCUUCGGAUAAGGCGAGCGUGAAGGAAGAGCAAAAUCGGAUCAGGACUGAAUGGCUUCGGCAGGAGUCUGAUGGCGUGGUGGACAUGGUGAGGAAUAUGAGGUCGACCAUGGAGAUCCAGGCGAAGACGCUAUCGGUGCUCGUCGAACAGAAUCAAAAUAUGCUAAAGCAUCGGUGUCAAUGUAUGGAAGAAGGUGAGCAAGCCCAACUUCCAAGAACCAGGAGAGGACAAUCCGAACGGCUACAGCCAAAAUCACGCAUCCGAAGCAAGGCAUCUGAACACAUUGAACUCGCGAAGGCCAACGGGCAAGCUCGAUAUCAGGAAACCAAGACCACGACUGAGCCGACUCAAGCCAAAUUACUGCCCGCAGAACAGAAGCCCAUAAGAUCACGCACCCCCGAUGUUUUGACUAACAAAGAAGCUAUGGAGGGAACUGGAUACCCUUACCGCAUUUCUGGAACCUACUACGAAGCUCAAGGGACGUUCACGGACCGAAAGGACCAAGUUGCAAGCGAAGUGGUACAUCAAGAAGACACUGAGAGACACUCGGUGAUGACAUGUCGAAACCUGCCCAAGAAAACUCAAAGGGUCGCUGUGAGUCGUCGUCUGCUCCUGGCGCCAGCGACUCACGAUGCUCAGGAACUUCAAGCUACGCCGCCAUUCAUCCAAACCGAGAAUAGCCGUGCGAGUAGAACUGUGAGUGAAUAUAUACCAUAUCAGGCGAUCGUGAUACCUGAGGACGAUGAUAUUGUGGGUCCACGGCACGCCACCUCUCCGAAGCGAAAAGAGCAGAUCUCGAAGAAGACUGGAUCGAAGCGACGGCGCCUAUGA